CAUGCCUGAGUCAGCGAAGACCGCGCCCAAGAAGGGUUCCAAGAAAGCCGUGAGCAAGACCGCCGGAAAGGGUGGUAAGAAGCGCAAGAGGACCAGGAAGGAGAGCUAUGCCAUCUACGUGUACAAGGUCCUGAAGCAGGUCCACCCCGAUACUGGGAUCUCUUCAAAGGCCAUGAGCAUCAUGAACUCUUUCGUCAACGACAUCUUCGAGCGCAUCGGUGGCGAGGCUGCCCGCCUGGCGCAUUACAACAAGCGCCAUACCAUCUCCUCCAGGGAGAUCCAGACCGCAGUGCGUCUGCUGCUUCCCGGUGAGCUCGCCAAGCACGCCGUGUCUGAGGGAACCAAGGCCGUCACCAAAUAUACAAGCUCUAAGUAAAACCCAUCCACCUUUUCCAAACCCAAAGGCUCUUGUAAGAGCCACCCACAGAUUCCAUGCAAAAGCAAUUCUAGCCAAUGUCUGUUUGUCCGCUAUGAUGAAACACUAACCUGUCAGUAUUUCUAGCCCGAAUCAAUUGUAUGUUUUCUGUUCCGAAUUUGCAAGGGAAUGCGCUUACUUCACAGAUCGGCUACUGGGCAUGUAGGAACGUGGGCUUCUAGUUUUUCGUUUAUCUGUUAGUAUCACUUAAAGGACAAGUGCUUUAGUUUCAACAUUGAGCCCAUUUUCAGAGUUGUCUGCAAUGUAUUCGAAUCCCCCCUCACCAUUUAUUUCAUGUUUGCUACUGUCUUGGUUGGCUAAUUUGGAUUUCACAUCAGCCGGCUUUAGAAGAAUGGUCGUCUAUGGGUCCAAAUAUGUUCCUGAAGCCAACUUUAAAGGAACAGUACGCCUCAUUUCAAGAAAUUGCUCAUAUAGUUGAGCCCUAAUACAAUUGGACUAUGAGAAUGCAUAUGAUUUUUGUUCUCUACAGUAUUUUCAUUGCCUAGUUUAACAAUAGCCAUAUUAGGCCUAGGUGUACCA